AUGGGGGACAUCAUUGACGUGGUGAAUGACAUGAGCCUGGCGCUUGGUGCGCUCGCAAACCAUAUUGUGCCGUUAGCCUUUGUGUUUGAUGCAGGCUCUGGCAGCCCACCCGGCCCGGCACCUGCGGCAUUUUGCACAGCAAUGGCACCCAAGAAGGCGGCAAAGGUGAAGGCGAAGUCGAAGGCGGCGGCAGCGCAAUCGGCUGCGGAUGGUGAUGACAUCAUGGCCGCCCCGGAUGUGAAUCACCAGUGCAACGUGGACUACCUUGCCAAGGUGCAGGAUGCAUGGGCCACGAUCAACGGCCACCCGCUGUUUGAGAACCUCUCCUGCCGGGAUCCCCUCCAGAUCGAGGAGGGCGCUGGCAGCAACAAGUCCGGCUUUCAGGCGGUGUUCCGGAUGGAGGAGUUUAAGAUGGCCAUGGAGCAGACCAAGCAGUAUGCCUGUGGGGGCAAUCUCGCGUGGCUGAAGGUGACGUACAGUACGUCACCUGGUGUCCCAUACAAUGAGAGGGCUGUGCAGAAGCUGAAGGACUUCUACUUCGGGGGGAAGGUGGCCCCUCUGAGGUACCCCGAGAACCUGAUCAUCGCCGUGAGCUCCGAUCAGGUCAAGGAGGGGAACAUGAUGACCCAGCGAGGUUCGGCGCUCGAGUCAUGGCUGCGGGUCAUCUUGACGACGAUGUGCGUCUUCGAGAUCCUGGAGACAGCUGAUGCCCGGUCGGCUCGGUCGGACACCUUGCGGGAGGUAGCCGUGACCAACUUCAACGGCAUCGCCUGGACCGUCAUCCAGAAGGUGUACCACCUGGGCCUGUUCAAGGCGCGCAAGGAGCGUGACAUGGGCAGUCUGGCUGCAGAAAAGGUUGCGGCGCUUUACAAUGAGGAGCGGUCCAUGGCGGAGGAUUCGGAGGCGGUCACAGACUCGUUUGUGGACCAGGCCAUGACGGUUUGGAACCGGAUGUUGAGCCACAAGGAGAUCGCGGAGGUCGUCUUGAGCAUGGACUUCGAGUUUGGGCAUGAUGCCCCCCUGGCUGGCAUCGAGUGCCUCUUGUGGACCUUGCGGUGCAUCCAGCAGUACUUCGCCUGCGGGUACUUGGUCAGGGGCGAAGCAACCACACGCGGAUUGGCUGGCCACGGGAGCAAUCCUGGCUGGGUUGCAUUUCUGAUGUACAAGCAGGAGCUGCUGGAUUACUUGACCAGUGGCUUCAUCGACGGGGUCAUCGCCGACGCCGAGAAGAGGAAGGCGAUCAGACAGGUGCUCAGCAACCACCAGACGCAUCACACGCUGUUCGGGUGGCCCAAGGACAAAGAACAGCCAGACCUGACGUGGCACUCCAGUUGGCUGGAGUCAGAGCGCUCUGCGCUCUUGCUGGCUGAGGCUUGCGUCUACACCAACGCCCAUGACCAUGUCCUGAAGCAGGCGCUGAAGAACCGCAAGACGCCGGCUGAGGCGCUAGCCUACGGUGGCCUUGAGGAGCUGGUGAAGGAGAUCACCAAGCACGCUGACAAGGAGAAGGAGGCUUCCGGCCAAGUCGUUCUGCCAGGCACCGCUCCAGCCCCAUCCAGCGAUGCAACAGAAGUUCCUGAGCACAUCCUGGCAACGUGCCUGGAGGACCUGGAAACCGCCGAGGAGAAGAUCUUGAAGUACAAGGCCAUGGCAAUGAACCUCGUCAAGCAACGGGUCAAGUUGCUGGUGGAGCCCUCGUCCGAGAAUGCCUUUGCCACGAUGAUCGCAGAUGCGGAAGCUUGGGGGUCCGCCGAGCUCCAUGACGGGGACCUGAUGUUUUUCUUUGAUGCUGGCCGCCAUGGCAAUGACCGGGCGUUCUCGGGGCUGUUUGCCACGGAAGAUAACAAGCGCAUCGCCCACGAGAAGAGGGUCUUCUUCCUCUCCUCCUCAGAGGAGUCCGUGCGAUUGCGUCGCACGCUGGUACGUGGCCUGGGCAGCCUGCAUCAGGUGGAGAUGCUGCAUGUCUUCAGCCGCUCCACGUUGGACAUGCCUGAGGUGAAGCAUCCGAUCUACCCAGGCAGCAGCUCUGGUGAUUUGAUUGGCCCAAUCAAUCUCGAGCGCUUCCAGGACCGCAGCUGGCAGGUUACUGAGGAGGAGAAGCGCAAGAUGCUCGGGGGCUUCAGGAUCGCGGUGGGUGGGCUCUCAGGGGAUGCGUCGGAGAGCACGAAGCGCACGCAGUUCAAGAGGAGUGAGCUGAAGCGGAAACCUGCUGGCACUGCCGACGACAACGUGCUGUACGAGCCCUUCUGCUACCACGGCCUGCCCCCUGAGUAUUACGUGGACUCAUUGCUACAGGGAUACAAACACCUGGCCGACCUGGUGUUCGAGGCGAUGUGCAAGGAGUCUUCGCCCCUGCAUGACCCAAAGCUCAGUGCCCUGCUGAAGCCCAAGACGGACCCCCAGACGACGAUGAGCAUGGUCCUGGUGGUGACUCCGGUUCAGACGAUGCUGGCGGGGAGCCAGAGGUGGCUGGGCGAGGGCGGCAAGGGCGGCAAUGGCAAUGGCGGCCCGGAAGCGAAGCCGAAGCCGAAGAAAAGGUCACGGAGGCAGACGGGUGGCACUGGCGCUGGCGGUUCUGGCGGUUCUGGCGCUGGCGGCUCUGGCGGCAAUGGCAUCAUGAACCUGAUGGACCAGCUGAAGGUGAUUCUGAUCUCUGAUGCGCCCGGAGGAAGCUCAGCCCGUGACUCAUUGAUGGAUGACGGGAAGCCAACCGCCACGGUCACUGUCGCCUUUGACAGCGGCAGCGUCGAGUCGCUCGUGCAUGAGCAGCUCUCGCGCUUUCACAUGGCGAUGUGCCUGAAGAUGGGGGUCAAGGAGGGCGAUCCCCUGAUGGAUGGUGGACGGAAGCUCUCCAUUGAUACCAUGAACUCCCAUCCGAUCAUGCGGAAGCUUGAUCGGAUAGCGUUCCCUGGCGGCUCUGACGAGUUUUUGAUCCAGAAGUUGAAUGAGGACUGUGUGUUGCCGCCGAUGGUCGUACCGCUGGAGGGCAUCAUGUGGCUUGCCUUGCCCAGCUGCAACGGGAAUGAGGAGCGCCCGUUGUUCAGCCUGAGCGCCUUGACUGCAUUGACCUUCAACUUGGCAGUGCUUCUGCGUUGGACCCUGGACGAGACCUACUGUGACAGGCCAGCAGCUGCCCGCCCGGUGAACCUGCCGAGUGAGCCGAAGCAGGUGUACAAGUUAGUUCUCAACGCUGGCAGUGGCACCGGGGGCAGCGGCCCAAGCACACCGCGGGCAGACUCGGGCUCUAAGAGGAUUUCACAGCUGGUGACGCGCUUCGACUUCAAUGACCUGACCUCAGACAUUGGUCGCGCGCUCAAGUUCGCAGCCACUGGGCGCUGGGGCGGCGACAAGAAAGACCAGGACGAGUCCGAGGCGGUGGGCCAGCUUCACAAGAUUCAGAAGCAGGGGCAUGUCCAGGUGGGGGCGCCUCAGUGCGUGGCUGCGAACGAGACGGUGGAGGAGUCCGCGUGGUCGGAGGUGGGCCUGGAGUCGUCGCCGGACCAGCCAAUGCCAGAGCCAGUUCAGCCACUGGUGCCAGAGCCAGUUCAGCCACUGGUGCCAGAGCCAGUUCAGCCACCGGACCAGCUGGACCAGCAGCCUGUCGUCAACCCGAAGCCCCCAGCCUGUUUCGACCUGGAGGUGGAGGUUUCCAAAUUGAGCCGGCUGGUGUGGAAUGCGGUGAGCCACUCCAACCUGGUGGUCGGCGGGGUAGUCGAGUAUGACAAGCUCGUGCGCAUUAGCGGCCUGGGCGCGGUCAUGAACUGCCAGGCAAUGGCAGCUGCCAUCAUGAUCUACUUCCACCGCCUGAGCCUUUUGAACGCGAAGAGGCACUUCAACGUGGUGGAUGCCUUCGACGAGUUCCUGUCGGCCCUGCCAAUGAUCGAGAAGCCCGAGUCCAUCCAGCCGGAGCCCAUCCUUUGCGAUUGUGCGUGGGGCUGUGACCUGACAGUGUUUCAGGCUGCCUUGCAAAGAAGGCUGGAAGGUUUGGCCUGCGAGGCUGGGUUGCCUGCUUUCAACAUCGGCCCGGAGAAGCUUCAGAAGCUCACCUACUGUUUGGCUGAGGCUAAGCGCAUGAUGCUGCGAGUUUGGCUGAAGGACAAUGCCGUUACAAUCGCUUUGCAGCAGGAUGAGAGACAUCAGCGCUUAUUGCUCAGAUUUACAGCGGCUUCCGGCUCGUUGGAGCGAAGGUCAGGCGUGAUUGGUCUUGCAAAGAAUUUUGGCAGUGGAGCGGGCGGGAUCCGGAAUGCGACGGAGUCAAUUGUGCGAAACUUCUGCUCGCCUGGAAGCAUGACUCCGCCAGGCCAAUCAGCUUGCGAUGCAGUCUUGAAUCAGGAGCUUUUUGACUGUGUUCGGGCGAAGAUCGAAAUCUUCGUGGCAGACGCAGCUGGAGACGAGCAAAAAGCCGGUGAUCUCAUGCGGAGCUCGAUGUUUCCGAACAUUCGUUUGGGUCUCCGCGAUGCUGCUCACGCGACUCGGCGAGUGAUCAAGCGACCGUUUGAAGCUGACCCGACUCUGCGGGACAUCAUGCAGUCAUUGUUUUUUGGCAAACACAGCAUUGUGGCAGCCUUGGAGCACAGCCAUCUCUUGAAGAAUCGCUUCGAGCACCACGUGAAAACCACCACCUCCGUCGUGCAAUCCAGUGUCCGAUCACUGUCACUUGCCAAGCAGCGGUUUGACUCAACUCAGACCCCGCUCGGGCGCUUCGUCCUUUUUUUCGAACCUUUUCUUGCGACAGUCAUCGAGAUAAGCAGGGAAAGGCGAGGGGAGGACAUCAACGGUGACAGGGCCGCCGCGUUCCUUGCCUAUAUCAACGAAGAAGUGUUGGUGCAAGUUGCAAUGAUUGCUGAUGCCGGAGAUGAAGGUGGCCAACUGUGUCGCGCAUUCGACACUGAGCUCCCGGCUUCUGAGGAACUGUCAUCCACGGUUAGCAUUUUUUUGCAAAAAAUCAGCUGCUUGUUCAACGAGUUUGAGCCGGUGUGCCUGGAAACUGGGUACACCAAGUUGAUGCUGCUGCUGCUAGAGAAGCGCCAGUUCAUUAUCCCGACUCUGGACGGCAAGUCAGUCCGCACUAUCGGCGGGCCUGGCAGCAUCACUGUUGAAAUGCUGAGUAGCUGCUUGCGCCGGAUGCGAACCUGGGCAGUGCUUGCAAAUGAGGUCAUCAAGCACGAGCUCCCCGACUGGGAUUUGGUAAGCAGCUUUGCCAUUUUUGAUUGCAAGCGCGCUGACGGCUUGACCACAGCCAGCUCCACCCGGGGGUGCGCCUCGGAGGCCAGCGAGAACAACGACUUUACGCUGCUCCUGGACCAUCACUCACAGGACGAGCAGAUUCUAAUAAGGCUUCAUGGCUUCGUAGCCGGCGAAGUGCUGUCGCUGCAGCGGUGGCGAAGAGGCAACGUGUCGAAGGUCGUGGCACUCAGAGAUGGUCACUUGCUGCCAGAAGAAGCCGAUGAUGAGUUGGAGUCCUUUCUCCAGUUGCUGGCGGAUAAGAAGUCAGCCCGGGUGAUUGUAGCUCACGACAUGCAUUCUUUACCAGAGAAGUUCCACUGGUGCGCAGUUCUUCGCGGCAGCUUCAUCGUGGACACAGCCAUGCUCAGUGGGCAGAAGGGCUUGUGUGUGAAGAUGAAGGGGAUCGCGCACUUGAAGCGCUUUGUGUGGGCAAGCAUGGAGUUCAAGCAGGGGAAUUCGGAGUUCUAUGCCAUCAUGUGCCGGCUGGUGGAUGACUGCAUGGGCAAACGCCCUAUGUGGCAGUGGCUGGACACAGUUGAUGAGUUCCUGACGGGUAAGGGAGUGGGUUACAUUGCGCUUGUGACACACGAGCAGCAGAAGUUGGAGGUGCUGCAAGUGGCCAUGAAGGAGCGCCGCAGCUGUGUCUUCACGAAAGAUGAUUUUUUGCUUACCAUCAUCAUCAUGCGCUUCUACAGGCAGCGGCGGGGACGCUUGGUUGACCAGACCUCGUCAGUUUUGGGCUGCAGAGCGGAGGUGAUGUUUUCGAGCGACUCGGACAAGCACUGUCAGGAGAAGCUCAUUGACCCCGACCAGUCGUGCUGGACCAUUGACUGCUGUUCCACGGUGAAGUUUCUUUCCUACCGGAGGGACGAACUGAUGUGCAUGUUACACGGUCGCUCUUCUCGUCAGAGCUACUGGUGCAGCUCUUUGGGCCGCUUUCUGACCACUGCAGACAUCAUUGACGUGGUGAAUGACAUGAGCCUGGCGCUUGGUGCGCUCGCAAACCAUAUUGUGCCGUUAGCCUUUGUGUUUGAUGCAGGCUCUGGCAGCCCACCCGGCCCGGCACCUGCGGCAUUUUGCACAGCAAUGGCACCCAAGAAGGCGGCAAAGGUGAAGGCGAAGUCGAAGGCGGCGGCAGCGCAAUCGGCUGCGGAUGGUGAUGACAUCAUGGCCGCCCCGGAUGUGAAUCACCAGUGCAACGUGGACUACCUUGCCAAGGUGCAGGAUGCAUGGGCCACGAUCAACGGCCACCCGCUGUUUGAGAACCUCUCCUGCCGGGAUCCCCUCCAGAUCGAGGAGGGCGCUGGCAGCAACAAGUCCGGCUUUCAGGCGGUGUUCCGGAUGGAGGAGUUUAAGAUGGCCAUGGAGCAGACCAAGCAGUAUGCCUGUGGGGGCAAUCUCGCGUGGCUGAAGGUGACGUACAGUACGUCACCUGGUGUCCCAUACAAUGAGAGGGCUGUGCAGAAGCUGAAGGACUUCUACUUCGGGGGGAAGGUGGCCCCUCUGAGGUACCCCGAGAACCUGAUCAUCGCCGUGAGCUCCGAUCAGGUCAAGGAGGGGAACAUGAUGACCCAGCGAGGUGCGAUGGAGUCUGUUUCGCCGCCGGAGCUGCUCCAUGCCUUCAUCCUGCGCGUGGCUGAGCUGAUCGAUGCGAAGGUGUCUGAUUCGGCGCUCGAGUCAUGGCUGCGGGUCAUCUUGACGACGAUGUGCGUCUUCGAGAUCCUGGAGACAGCUGAUGCCCGGUCGGCUCGGUCGGACACCUUGCGGGAGGUAGCCGUGACCAACUUCAACGGCAUCGCCUGGACCGUCAUCCAGAAGGUGUACCACCUGGGCCUGUUCAAGGCGCGCAAGGAGCGUGACAUGGGCAGUCUGGCUGCAGAAAAGGUUGCGGCGCUUUACAAUGAGGAGCGGUCCAUGGCGGAGGAUUCGGAGGCGGUCACAGACUCGUUUGUGGACCAGGCCAUGACGGUUUGGAACCGGAUGUUGAGCCACAAGGAGAUCGCGGAGGUCGUCUUGAGCAUGGACUUCGAGUUUGGGCAUGAUGCCCCCCUGGCUGGCAUCGUCAACCUGCAGACCGUCAUCAGCAAGACACGCACUCAGGAGUGCCUCUUGUGGACCUUGCGGUGCAUCCAGCAGUACUUCGCCUGCGGGUACUUGGUCAGGGGCGAAGCAACCACACGCGGAUUGGCUGGCCACGGGAGCAAUCCUGGCUGGGUUGCAUUUCUGAUGUACAAGCAGGAGCUGCUGGAUUACUUGACCAGUGGCUUCAUCGACGGGGUCAUCGCCGACGCCGAGAAGAGGAAGGCGAUCAGACAGGACAAAGAACAGCCAGACCUGACGUGGCACUCCAGUUGGCUGGAGUCAGAGCGCUCUGCGCUCUUGCUGGCUGAGGCUUGCGUCUACACCAACGCCCAUGACCAUGUCCUGAAGCAGGCGCUGAAGAACCGCAAGACGCCGGCUGAGGCGCUAGCCUACGGUGGCCUUGAGGAGCUGGUGAAGGAGAUCACCAAGCACGCUGACAAGGAGAAGGAGGCUUCCGGCCAAGUCGUUCUGCCAGGCACCGCUCCAGCCCCAUCCAGCGAUGCAACAGAAGUUCCUGAGCACAUCCUGGCAACGUGCCUGGAGGACCUGGAAACCGCCGAGGAGAAGAUCUUGAAGUACAAGGCCAUGGCGAUGAACCUCGUCAAGCAACGGGUCAAGUUGCUGGUGGAGCCCUCGUCCGAGAAUGCCUUUGCCACGAUGAUCGCAGAUGCGGAAAUCGGAAAAGUCAGAGGUUCAGAAUCACGCCGUGUGAUCGCCAUCUACGACAACAAACGAUGUGGGGAGGCGAUGACGGCGCCGCAUCUCAGAGUGCCGCCGUUUAGAAAAGAGCACGCGCAGAAGGUCGUCCGGGCAUUCAUUCAGUGCAGGGGGUCCGCCGAGCUCCAUGACGGGGACCUGAUGUUUUUCUUUGAUGCUGGCCGCCAUGGCAAUGACCGGGCGUUCUCGGGGCUGUUUGCCACGGAAGAUAACAAGCGCAUCGCCCACGAGAAGAGGGUCUUCUUCCUCUCCUCCUCAGAGGAGUCCAUGCGAUUGCGUCGCACGCUGGUACGUGGCCUGGGCAGCCUGCAUCAGGUGGAGAUGCUGCAUGUCUUCAGCCGCUCCACGUUGGACAUGCCUGAGGUGAAGCAUCCGAUCUACCCAGGCAGCAGCUCUGGUGAUUUGAUUGGCCCAAUCAAUCUCGAGCGCUUCCAGGACCGCAGCUGGCAGGUUACUGAGGAGGAGAAGCGCAAGAUGCUCGGGGGCUUCAGGAUCGCGGUGGGUGGGCUCUCAGGGGAUGCGUCGGAGAGCACGAAGCGCACGCAGUUCAAGAGGAGUGAGCUGAAGCGGAAACCUGCUGGCACUGCCGACGACAACGUGCUGUACGAGCCCUUCUGCUACCACGGCCUGCCCCCUGAGUAUUACGUGGACAUGUUGGCUGUUUGGAGCCCGCGAGCUAUCAUUGAUUUCACCGCCUCGGAUAUGACUGCUGCCUUCGUGUGCCUUGAGGCGAGAGUCCCUUAUCUGGGGAUCACCUUCACCGAGCAGCACAUGCUACAGGGAUACAAACACCUGGCCGACCUGGUGUUCGAGGCGAUGUGCAAGGAGUCUUCGCCCCUGCAUGACCCAAAGCUCAGUGCCCUGCUGAAGCCCAAGACGGACCCCCAGACCAAGAAGCGCCCCCGCGCCAAAAAGGCUCCUGCGCCGGCCGACGGCGAGGACGACGAUGAGCAUGGUCCUGGUGGUGACUCCGGUUCAGACGGCGGCAAGGGCGGCAAUGGCAAUGGCGGCCCGGAAGCGAAGCCGAAGCCGAAGAAAAGGUCACGGAGGCAGACGGGUGGCACUGGCGCUGGCGGUUCUGGCGGUUCUGGCGCUGGCGGCUCUGGCGGCAAUGGCAUCAUGAACCUGAUGGACCAGCUGAAGGCGCUGCGCCAGACCUAG